AUGGCCUGCGAAGAGAGGGAUAUAGGUGGGCCGAGCCAGGCCGUCAUCCUGACCUUUGUGCUUUUCUGGUGCAGGGAGCCCCCGGACAGGAGAGCCGCCACGCCGCUGGGGAAUCGGCCCCCGAAGAGGAGGACGGUGGAGCUGCUCUGGGUUGGCACUGCGAGAGCUCAGCUGGACUGGGAGCAGCCUGGGGGGACCCCAGCCACCCUGCCGCAGCCCCUGGGCGGCCCCAAAGGCAGAGCGCAACGCUCACUGACUGGCCCCUGGCGUGCCAAGCGCCACGCGGCCCCGCGCCGCCACCACGCCCACCUGAUGCGCGUGGGCUGCGUCCUGGGCACCUGCCAAGUACAGAACCUCGGGCACCGCCUCUGGCAGCUGAUGGGCCAGUCGGGCCGCCAGGACUCGUCACCCAUGAACCCCAACAGCCCCCACAGCUAUGGCUGAAGGAGGGGGAAACCGUGGGGCACGAGCAUGUGGGACUGGAUUGCUUCGGGCCGAGACCUCACCUCAUGUGCUGCCGGGGGUGGCCACCCCCCCCCCGUACAUUGUGUAGGAGCCUUUACUAAAGUGCUUCCAGAGCCAAA